AACAUAAUGAACCAUAUUUAUAUAAACGCUCUACUGAUUAUCUUAUCAAUAACCAUUUCUUCGAAAUUGAACCAGAAAAAACAGCUUUUUCACUUGACAUUAAACCAAUAAAUUAUCCUGAUAAGUGUACAUUAAGCCAGUUACAUUUACUUGCUAGACAUGGAUCAAGAUAUCCAGAUCCUGAUACGAAUGAAGGUUUUGAUAAAAUUAGUAAAGCAUUUUCAAACUAUAAAAAUCCUUUCCCCAAGAGAAAAAAUAUGCGAUUGAUUACACGAGGUAAACUCGAAUCUUAUUACGAUGGUUUACAAUCACGUAAAAGAUACGAAAAGUUUUGGAAAAAUGUUAAAUAUGAUACUGAUGUUACAAAAUUUCAGUCCGUUGCACUUUUUUGGGUCGGCGAAUCAACAAUGGCUUUCUCCGAAGGAAUCUUUGAUGGAACUGGCCCUAUAGGAAGUAAUAAAAAUGAACCUGUCUACAUUUGGUCUUUACCACAAAUGUUUAUUGCCUGCCGGCGUUGGAACGAGACAGUUUCAAAUAAUUUUACAUUUUAUAUUGAGCAAACUUACGAAUACGGUAAUAAGACUUUAGCACCAAUCGCUGAAAAAAUGUCCAAAAAAUACAAUAUCAACCCUCCUCUUGAUCCGCAAUUAUUACCAUAUAUGUUUUUUUAUUGUGAAUUCUGGGUCCUUCAUUUUAAUAGAACUGACACUUGGUGUGAGUUAUUAAGUGAUGAUGAGCUUAUAUUAGCAAGUUAUUACUGGAAUAUGAAAUAUUAUUUUUUAUAUUCAUACGGUCAUCCUUUAAAUGAGCGAUUGGGCUGUUAUUAUGUUACACAACUUGUAAAUAGCGUUGAAAAUUAUUUAAACGGGACUUCAUUGAUGGUAGCCGAUAUGAAAAUAGGUCAAGGAUUUACUCAAAUUAUUUUACUCACUACAUUGAGCUUGAAAUAUAUGCAGCAAAAAGUCUUUUAUUGGUCUUCUACGAUUUAUUUUGAAAUUUAUACUUGCACAGGAAGCGAUGCAUUGAUACGACUAGUAGUUGACUUUGAACCAUAUCUAAUUCCAGGCUGUGGUAGUGAAUAUUGUAAAUGGACAAAAUUUAAAAAUAUUCUUGGUAGUAAGAUUAAUUGUGACUAUGAUAAGAUGUGUGCUUAUCCUUAG